CCAACUGCCAGUCAGCAAAGCUUUGCUACAGCAUCAGUCCAGGAAAGUAUGGAAGAGGAGUUGCUAUUACCAGAAAGGGAAAGGGAAAGGGAAAAGAGAACAUGGACGGUGUCAUGGGGCAGCUUCCUGGAAGAGCUUAAAAAGCUGAUCCGGAUUGCAGCACCAAUGGUGGUAGUGACAGUGUCUCGCUAUCUUUUGCAGCUGAUUGCAGUAAUGAUGGCAGGACACCUUGGUGAACUUUCACUCUCUGGGAUUGCUUUAGCUUCUUCUUUUGCUAACGUUACUGGCUUUAGUCUCCUCUUAGGAACGGCUGGUGCACUGGAAACCUUAUGCGGACAAGCUUAUGGAGCAGAGCAAUAUCAUAAACUUGGAACCUUUACCUGCUGUGCAAUGGUCUCUCUAGUUUUUGUUUCUAUACCAGUUUCUGUCCUCUGGAUAUUUAUGGAAGAUUUACUAACUCUAUUGGGCCAAGACCCGUCAAUCGCGCGUGUAGCAGGCAAAUACUCUUGUUGGCUCAUCCCUGCUUUGUUUGGUUAUGCCCUUCAUCAAUCACUGAUUCGAUACUUCCUGGCUCAGAGCCUGAUCUUUCCAAUGCUUUUUAGCUCUUGUGUGAUACUGUGUUUCCAUUUACCACUUUGCUGGCUUCUAGUAUUUAAGCUGGAACUAGGAAUUAUAGGAUCAGCAUUAUCUGUUGGUGUGUCAUAUUGGUUAAAUGUCAUCUUUCUUGGAUUAUACAUUAAGUACUCAUCAGCCUGUGAGAAAACCAGGUUUUGGAUAUCAGUAGACAUUUUUAUGAGCAUGAAGGAGUUCUUUCGCUUGGCCAUCCCUUCUGCUUUAAUGAUGUGCUUGGAAUGGUGGUCAUUUGAGCUGCUUGUUUUGCUUUCUGGGCUUUUACCAAAUCCAGUGCUCCAAACCUCAUCUCUUUCAAUAUGCCUUACCAUUGUCACACUGCACUUUCUUAUACCAUAUUCAGUCGGUUCUGCUGCAAGCAUUCGGAUUUCAAAUGAACUAGGAGCUUGGAAUCCACACGCAGCUCCUACAGCUGUUGUUGCUGCAUUAAUUCUUAACAUUGUGGAGGUAGUUAGUGUGAGCAUCAUUCUCUUCUGCUGCCGCCAUGUUUUGGGAUAUGCUUAUACAAGUCGCAAGGAGGUGGUGAAUUACACAGCAGAAUUGGUCCCUCUGCUUUCCCUUUUGAUCAUUGUAGACAGCUUGCAGGGAGUACUUUCUGGGGUUGCUAGAGGAAGCGGUUGGCAGCAUAUUGGGGCUUAUGCCAAUCUUGGAGCAUAUUAUCUGGUUGGAAUUCCACUAGCUGUCGUUUUGUGUUUCAUUCUGCAUUUUGAAGGGAAAGGUCUUCUGAUAGGGAUAUUAAUGGGAACUACCACGCAAGCAAUUUUGCUUGCUCUUGCAACAUCAUUAACAAAUUGGGAAAAGCAGGCAGCCGUGGCAAGGGAAAGAACAUUGGGAGGGACAUCCUGAUUACCUAUGCACUGAUAUUGAAUGAGUUUAUUUGAAGAACAAUGUUCAUUUGCUGUUUCAUUUGGCACUUUUGGAUUGAUUAAUGUUUAAGUUGCUUGCUUUUCCCAACCUGAAAUCGAUUCCUAUC